AUGCCUCAGAUACAACACCGCAGCAGCAGCCGCAGCCGCAGCAGCAGCAGCAAUAACAACAGCUGCAGCAGCAGCAGCAGCAUAAUGGAUCUUCCUCCCCCUAGCGACUUAAGCGCGGACGAAGCGCCUAGCAGCAGCAGCAAUAGCAGCAGCAGCAACAGCACAGACAGCAGUAGCAGCAGCAGCAGCAGCAAUGUGCAGCAGGAGCUGCUCUCAUCUGUAGGUAAUGGAAGCAGCAGCAGCGGUAACACUGACAGCAGCGGCAGCAGCAGCAACAGCAGCAGCAACACUGACAGCAGCAGCAGCAGCAGCAGCGACAGCAGCAGCAGCAGCAGCAGCGACGCCGGCAGCUUCCCCAACUUGAGCGCCAGCAGCAACAGCAGCAACAACAACAGCAGCAGCAACAACAGCAGCAGUAGCGGUGGCAGCAGCGACGGCAGCAGCAGGGAAGACAGCAGCAACAGGAACGAUGGCGCCCCCAGCAGCAGCAGCAGCAGCAGCAGCAGCAGCAGCACAGUCUCCUUCUGUCACGCAUGCAGCAGGAUAGUGCCAGCAGCAGCAGCAGCAGCAGCAGAUGGAGAAUUUGUCUGUACUCUCUGCGGUGCUGUUGGCUUUGUAGAAGUGAUGGAUGCUGCUGCUGCAGCAGAUCUAGCAACAGCAGCAACAACAGCAACAGCAGCACCUGCAGCAGCAGGAGCAGGAGACCCACAAGCAAUAGGCGGUAUGCUGUCGCAACUGAUGCGCCAUGCAGCAGCAGCAGCAGCACCAGCAGCAGCAGCAGCAGCAGCGCCAGCAGCAGCAGCAGCAGCACCAGAAGCAGCAGCAGCAGCAGCACCAGCAGCUACCCAACAGAGGGAACCGUGGCAGCCAAUUCAUAUCGAUGAAGAAGUUCGAGCAGUGCAGCAGCGCAUUUAUGAGAUGCUGAGUGUAUUUGAAGAAGACCCUGCUGUUCGUAAUUUGCUGCAGAUGAUUGUAGAAGCACAAAACAACCAGCAAGGGCGUACACAGCGGCGUACAAGUGCUGCUGCUGUUGCUUCCUUACCGCGUCGAGUUCUUACUGAAGAGGAAGCACGCGGUAUGGACGCCUGCUCGAUAUGCCACGAAGAGUUUGCUGCAGGAGAUGAAGUUGCUUCUCUCUCGUUAGAUCCGCAUCAUUGCAUACACUGCUUUCAUCAGCACUGCAUCGUACCCUGGCUUGAAAGGAACAACACAUGCCCGGUGUGCCGAUUUGAGCUGCCUACGGAUUCCGAUUCAGAGCGGCAGCAGCAGCAGCGGCAGCAGAGGCAGCAGCGACAGCAGCAGCAGCAGCAGCAGCAGCAGCAGCAGCAGCAGCAAGAAGGUAUGCCUCCAUUCUUAAUCGGAAUGCCUUUCUUUACAGGUGGUUUUAGCAUAGGUUCUGCUGCUGCUGUUGCAGCACGGCGGUCGCAGCAAGGAGGCACUGCAACAGCAGCAACACAGGAGGAGCAGCAGCAGCAAUUGAGUAGGGAUAGGGCAUCCCUACGUUCAGUAUCUGAAGCAGCAGCAGCAGCAGCAGCAGAUGCAGCAGCAGCAGCAACAGAUGCAGCAGCAGCAGCAACAGAUGCGGCAGCAGCAACAGAUGCAGCAGUAGCAGCUGCAGCAGCACGCCAGCCUAUUGGUGCAGCAGCAUUAAGAAAUCGCAGCAUGAGCAGCAACAGGAGCAGCAGCAGCAGCAGCAACAGGAGCAGCAACAGCAGCAGCAGCAGCAACAGCAGCAACCCGGCCGGCAGUGCCGAGCAGGGGGCACCUCCUAGCAGCAGCAGCGGCAGCAGCAGCAACAACAACAGCAGCAGCAACCGCAGCAGCAGCAACCGCAGCAGCAGCAACAUAGGCGCUGGGUUGUACGUACACUCAGGUGAUGCGUUUAUGCAGAAUUUGCUGCAGGGGAUUAGCAGCAGCAGCAACCGCAGCAGCAACAGCAGCAACAGCAGCAACAGCAGCAACAGCAGCACAGGCAGCAACAGCGGCAGCAGCAGCAGCAACACUGCGAGCAUCUGGGGUUUGUUUGGAGGGCAGCAGCCGCAAGUUUUUACAUUCAGACCUGGAGACCCUGCUUCAGCAGCAGCAGCAGCAGCUGCUGCUGCUGCUGCUGCUGCUGCUGCUGCUCACCACACACAGUGGAGAGGGGGAUUUCCUGCUGCAGCACAGCAGCAACAACAACCUCAGCAGCAGCAACCCGACCAGCAGCAGCAGCAGCAGCAACAGCAGCAGCAGCAGCCAGGCACUAGCGACGGAGAUGGGAACAGCUCGAGCAGCAGCAGCAGCAGCAACAGCAGCAGCAGCAGCAGACAGGGCGGAAUGAAUUCCUGUAGACAGCAGUAA